AUGGGUUCCCGCAGUCACGGCUUCCUCCAUCAUCAUCAUCACCGCGGCUCCAUGGUUCCCACCACAGUACCCCGGCUGCUUCCGGAGAGUGGGAGCCUGCUGGGCGGCAUCGCACAGAUCACCCCCAACCUGUUCCUCAGCCGAGGCAACGUGGCCUCGAACCGCAGCCUGCUGCUGUCCAAAGGCAUCACUUGUGUGGUUAACGCCACCAUCGAGCUGCCCAACUUCAAUUGGCCUCACAUGGAGUAUGUGAAGGUGCCACUGGCCGACAUGCCUCACUCACCGCUCUCGCUUUACUUUGACAGUGUGGCUGAUAAGAUCCACAGUGUGGGCCGUAAGAGGGGGGCUGUGCUGGUGCACUGUGCUGCCGGAGUGAGCCGCUCAGCCUCUCUCUGUUUGGCUUACCUCAUGAAAUACCACCGUGUGUCUCUCGCAGAGGCCCAUGCUUGGGUCAAAGCCCGUCGGCCCGUCAUUCGGCCUAAUGGAGGCUUCUGGAGGCAGCUCAUUGAGUAUGAACGAAAGCUGUUUGGGAGAAACUCUGUGAAGAUGGUACAAACUCCUUAUGGGGUGAUCCCAGAUGUGUAUGAGAGGGACCGCAGGAGCCUGGCCCCCUACUGGGGCCUGUGA